CAUCUCAUUUCGGAUCCAACACUCGAUCAAGGCAGAACGCAGUGUUUUUUCUUAUCGGAACAGACGCUCAGUUACCCAAAGUUUCAAAGAAUAAGAUCCAGAAAAAAUGAAGAUCCUGAUUCUCGUGUUCCUCGUGGGAAUAUGCCAAGUGACGGCAGUGUCUCACUCACUGAAAUAUUUCUACACUGGAUCCUCUCAAGUCCCAGACUCCCCAGAGUUUGUGGUUGUUGGGAUGGUUGAUGAUGUUCAGAUGGUUCACUAUGACAGCAACACCAGGACAGUAGUGCUUAAGCAGGACUGGAUGAAGAAAGUCACAGAUGAGGAUCCACAGUACUUGGAGAGGAGCACUGGCAUCUUUAUGGGUGAACAGCAGGCCUUCAAAGGCAACAUUGAAACACUAAAGCAACGCUUCAACCAAACUGAAGGUGUUCACCUUUUCCAGAUGAUGUACGGCUGUGAAUGGGAUGAUGAGACAGAUGAGGUUAAUGGAUAUCGACAGUAUGGUUAUGAUGGAGAAGACUUCAUAUCAUUGGACCUGCAGACAGAGACAUAUAUCGCUCCAAAACAACAGGCUGUCAUCACUAAAAACGAGUGGGAAAAUGACAAAGUUCGAGCAGCAGGGUUAAAGAACUACCACACCCAGAUUUGUCCUGAGUGGCUGAAGAAGUAUGUGAACUAUGGGAGGAGCUCUCUGAUGAGAAAAGAUCUUCCCUCAGUGUCUCUCCUCCAGAAGACUCCCUCCUCUCAGGUCACCUGCCACGCUACAGGUUUCUACCCUGACAGAGCCGACUUGUUCUGGAGGAAAGAUGGAGAGGAGCUUCAUGAGGACGUGGACAAAGGAGAGAUCCUCCCCAACCAUGAUGGAACCUUCCAGAUGAGUGUUGACCUGAAGAUUUCAUCAAUCACUCCUGAAGACUGGAAGAAGUACGACUGUGUGUUUCAGAUGUCUGGUGUCAAAGAUGACAUCAUCACCAAACUGGACAAAUCAGUGAUCAGAACCAAUGAAGGAUUCCCUGUUGCUGCUGUUUUUGGAGGAACUGUAGGACUGUUGGUCCUGACAGCCUGCAUCACUGCAGUUGUCAUCUAUGUUGUCUUCUAUGGAAGAAAAUAUAAAAGCUUCAGUCGUACCAGCAGCACUUCUGACACUUCGUCUUCCUCUGCUGAAGAUCUAGACCUUAAGAAGAAGAUCAGCGAUGAACAGGAGAAAAUGAUAAAAACCACUAAAUGAAUGUAGCAUCAACAAAUCUCAGUCUGUGGUUUUAAUCUACAAAACAGGCGAAGUACAAAAUCUUCUGAGUUGAAAUCAAAUAGGUCAAAUGUGUCUGAAUCUCCUCUCUGGAACAUUUUGCUGAUUGUUGUGCCUCGGAUCUUCAUUUUUUCCAGUUUACCAGCAUCCAUGGUUCAUUUCUGUCUACAUGCUGCAAUUAAAUGCAGUUUGUGUUUUUCUUUUCUUGGUAAAUGUGUCGUUAGAAGUUUGACUGUGGAGGUGAAUCUUGCUCUGAGUGAAUGAAUGACAUGUUGUCAGAGGUGAUGCUGCUGUCCAGAUGUGUCAGUAGAUGUUAUGUGGAGAGGAAUCACUGCAGCAGCUUUCUGAGAUCAAAGACAGGAAGACAGAACAAACAGCUGCUGUUCUCUUUAAUGUAGCUGAACAGAACCUUGUGUUUGAAUUAAUGACUUAUGAACACUGAUCAUCCUUUUGUCAGUUGAGUUCAUCAAAUGAUUAAAAUGGAGCAGAUCUUGGUUUAACACAGUUCAUGCAGGAUUUCAGUCUCAGUCCUCUGACAUGUUGAUCAGAUUCAGAUCUCUGAUGGUCUGUAAAUGAUGUCUGAUCUGUGCAGCUGUUUCAGUGGGUUUGUAGAUUAAAGUUUUGUUGUUUGAUUCUCAUUUAUAUAUCUACAUGUGAAAUUGAAUAAUACAGUUUUAGAAUUUAGCAGGUUUACUCAAAUAGAAAUUUUUCCUUUGGACUGUUUUCUUCAUUUUGAAUUUUUCUCAAAGCUUCAUUUAUUGGCACAUAUUUGCUAUUUUUCUUUGCGUUCUGUGUGUGGUGUCGGGAUUAUUGAGGUCAUUAUUGUAUCAAGUGUGACAUUCCUAGUUUAUACUGUUCCAUAUACAGAUUAAAAUGUAAUAUAAAUAAAGUGACUCUGGAAACCAA